UUGCCAGUGGCCCUCUUCCCCCAAGCAGGCCUCCUGGGCUGAGGAUGGUGAAACCCCACUGGCCACACUGCGGUGGGCUCAACAGGAACCUGUAAAAGGAGUUGCCAGCCAGUUCAAGCUUUAGCCCUGCACCGCACCGUGCGGGGACAGGAGCUUCCAGUGUGUGGGGUGAUGUCAGCUGAGUGGCCCAAGUCUGGGCCAGAAGGGCUGCAGGGCCAGUCCCUGGGGCCAGGCCGGAGCCAGGGACCCUCAGCGGCGGGUCAGGGUCCCCUGACGGCCCCCUGGAGCGUGCCCCCCUGGAGAGCGUACACGGCCGCUGCUGUCCUCUGCUACAUCAACCUGCUGAACUACACGAACUGGUUCGUCAUCGCAGGAGUGCUGCUGGACGUGCAGGAGACUUUUCAGAUUGGUGACAGCCACGCCGGCUUACUUCAGACGGUCUUCAUCGGCUGCCUGCUGCUGUCUGCACCUGUAUUUGGCUACCUGGGUGACCGGCACAGCCGCAAGGCCACACUCGCCUUCGGGCUCCUGCUGUGGUCAGGGGCUGGUCUCGCCGGCUCCUUCAUCCCCAGUCAGUAUGCCUGGCUCUUCUUCCUGUCCCGGGGGGCCGUGGGUACCGGCGUGGCCAGCUACUCCACCAUCGCGCCUACUGUGCUGGGCGACCUUUUCAUGGGGGACCAGCGGACCCGCGUGUUGGCUGUCUUCUACAUCUUCAUCCCUGUUGGAAGCGGACUGGGCUACGUGCUGGGGUCGGCUGUGGCGGAGCUGACUGGGAACUGGCAUUGGGCCCUCCGGAUCCUGCCGUGCCUGGAGACCGUGGCCUUGAUCCUGCUUAUCCUGCUGGUUCCAGACCCACCCCAGGGAGCUGCCGAGAAGCAAGGGGUGGUGGCCACGAAGUACCCAAGAAGCAGCUGGUGUGAGGACGUCAGAUACCUGGGGCAAAACUGGAGCUUCGUGUGGUCGACCCUCGGGGUGACAGCCAUGGCCUUUGUGACGGGUGCCCUGGGCUUCUGGGUUCCCAAGUUCCUGUUCGAAGCCCGCGUGGUCCACGGGCUGCAGCUUCCCUGCCACCGGGAGCCAUGCGGCAGCCAGGACAGCCUGAUUUUCGGGACACUGACUGUUGUGACUGGCAUCAUUGGGGUCAUCCUGGGGGCAGAGGCAUCAAGAAGGUACAAGAAAAUCAACCCCAGGGCUGAGCCCCUCAUCUGCGCCUCCAGCCUGCUUGUGGCAGCCCCCUGUCUCUACCUGGCUGUUGUCCUGGCCUCGGUCUCCCUGGUGGCCUCUUACGUGUUCCUGGCCCUUGGAGAGCUGCUUCUCUCUUGUAACUGGGCAGUGGUUACCGACAUCUUGCUGUCUGUGGUGGUGCCCAGAUGCCGGGGGACAGCAGAGGCGUUACAGAUCACAGUGGGCCACCUGCUGGGGGACGCUGGCAGCCCCUACCUCAUUGGACUCAUCUCUAGUGUCCUGCGUGCCCGGCGCCCCGACUCCUACCUGCAGUGCUUCCUCAGCCUGCAACAGAGCUUCCUGUGUUGUGCCUUUGUCAUCGCCCUGGGCGCCGGCAGCUUCCUGCUAGCCUCACUGCACCUACAGAAAGACCAGGCUCAGGCCCAGGAGCUUGGCCCAGGGACCCCGGAUGACAAAGACACAGAGCGCCAAAACCUGCUUCCUAGUGCUGGUGACCCCACAGAAGCCUACUGAGGCCCCCUCCCAUGGCCACACCCUGCCCAUAGCCCCUACCCUUGACAGUGCCUCCGCCCACCUUUGGCUGUGGCUUUGGGAGCCCAGCCGCGUGGCACCUGCUACAUUUUCACUCCCAGCUAGAGAGCUGGCAGGCCUGGUGGCUGGGCUGGGAAUUGAGCUGUCAGCACCCUCUGUGGGAGGCCUGUGCCUGUGCCCGCUGCCAGCACAAGGCCCCUCCAGGCUGGGGUCCUGGGCCUGGCUGCUGACAGGCCCUGAUUAAAGUGCAGCUGGUGCAAAGCC